AUGUCAAGACCAGCUGGAAGAACUAUUUUGGCAUCCACCAUUGCCAAACCUUAUCAAGAGGAAGUCAUCUCAGCUGUACAAAAAUUAAGCUUCAAGCCUACUUUGGUUGGUCUUUUGGCAAAUGAAGACCCGGCUGCUAAAAUGUACGCCAAUUGGACAAGCAAAACUUGUGAAUCUUUGGGUUUCAACUAUAAGUUGGUUGAAGUUAACAAAAACGAUUUGGAAACAUCUUUGAUCAAAGCCAACAGGGACGACAAUGUGAACGGUAUUAUGGUAUAUUUCCCUGUAUUUGGCGACAAGCAAGAUCAAUACUUACAACAAUUGAUCUCCCCAGAAAAGGACGUUGAAGGAUUGAAUUUCUUGUACUACCACAAUUUGUACCAUAACGUGAGAUUUUUGGACCCGCCCAAGAACCAACAGAAGUCAAUAUUGCCUUGCACGCCCCUUGCAAUGGUUAAAAUUUUGGAGUAUUUGGGUGUGUAUAAUAAAAUUCUACCAUAUGGAAAUCGUUUGUAUGGGAAAAAGAUUUUAGUGGUGAACAGGUCGGAAAUCGUUGGACGGCCGUUGGCAGCACUACUUGCUAAUGACGGUGCAACAGUCUACUCUGUUGACAUCAACAAUAUACAGCAGUUUACUCGUGGUGACGAUUUACUGGAGCAUAGACAUUUGGUUGUCGAUUUGAAAGGGGAUGAGUAUACAGUGGAAAAACUCGCACCACAGUGUGAUGUUAUUAUAACAGGGGUUCCUUCUGAGAACUACAAGUUUCCAGUCAACCUAGUGAGACAUGGUACAGUGGUGAUUAAUUUCUCUAGUUCCAAGAAUUUUGACGAUGAGAUCAAGCAAAGAGCUGGCUUGUAUGUACCUUCUAUUGGUAAAGUCACCAUUGCUAUAUUACUCAGAAACUUGCUAAGGUUGAUUGAUAACAAGAAGAUUAGAGCUGGUGAAGUUGCAGAGGAUGUCUGA